CGUGGGCCUUUUGUACUGCCGUAGAAUCACCAGAUUCUCUUGCCUGCUCUGAAACGAGUGCAAAGAUCCUGACGAAGAAGAAGAAGACCGAAAAGGCGCAGAUCAGUACUGGCAGUCCGGCAUGGGUGUGAUUCCCCCUCCAUUCCCAUCCCUUUCAGAAUAUAAUAAGCUCCGCUCCGGCGCUCCCAUCCAUUAAUUUACUCGCCACGGCCUUCAGUAACCCUCUUUAAAAACCAGUUGCCCAUCUGCAGCUCAGCUCGACUCAGGCUCCCCGUCGAGUGUUUUCGGCAAUCAAUCUCGUCGUUUCUUGAACGAAUCUCCUCAAGAUCCCUCGUUUCGCGCACCCAUCGAUCCAAAAGACCGAUCUUUUCUUCGGGAUCUGCGACAUGGGUUUCGAGGACAAUCUCGAUCAGGAGUCGGCCGCGCCGCCCAAGAAGUCCCUCUUCCGGUACAACUCGCCCCUCGUCCAGGUCAGCCUCAUCGGGCUGGUCUGCUUCUGCUGCCCCGGCAUGUUCAACGCCCUCUCCGGGAUGGGCGGCGGCGGCCAGGUGGACCCCACCGCGGCCAACAACGCCAACACCGCCCUCUACACCACCUUCGCCGUCUUCGGCGUCCUCGGCGGCGGGAUAUAUAACCUCCUGGGCCCUCGCUUGACUCUCGCCGCGGGUUGCAGCACUUACGUUCUCUACGCGGGCUCUUUCUUGUACUACAACCACUACCACCACCAGGCCUUCGCCAUCGCCGCCGGUGCGAUCCUAGGCAUCGGCGCGGGCCUCCUGUGGGCCGGUGAGGGCGCCAUCAUGACCUCGUACCCGCCGCGCGACCGAAAGGGCACUUACAUCUCCCUGUUCUGGAGCAUUUUCAACAUGGGAGGCGUCAUUGGUGGGUUAAUCCCAUUCAUUUCGAAUUACAGCAGGAGUGAAGCUGCUUCUGUGAAUGAUGGAACCUAUAUUGGGUUCAUGUGUUUUAUGACUCUCGGUGCACUUCUUUCCCUGGCCAUCUUGCCGCCGAGCAAGGUGAUUCGCGACGACGGGACUACUUGCACUAACGUGAAGUACUCGAGCGUUUCGACUGAGGCACUUGAGAUUCUCAAGCUGUUCCUCAACUGGAAGAUGCUCUUGAUUGUGCCGGCAUCUUGGGCUAGCAACUUCUUUUACAGCUACCAAUUUACUAACGUGAACGGGGUCAUGUUCAAUUUGAGGACUAGAGGGCUGAACAAUGUGUUCUACUGGGGGGCGCAGAUGCUGGGGUCCAUCGGAAUCGGCUAUGUGUUAGAUUUCAGCUUUUCGAGUCGGAAGACGAGGGGUUAUGUCGGGAUUGCGAUCGUCGCUUUGCUUGGGACUGCGGUUUGGGGCGGCGGCCUUGCUAAUCAGCUGAAUUACUCUCGCCACGACCUUCCCAAUAAGUUGGACUUCAAGGACUCCGGCUCUGAUUAUGCCGGGCCAUUCGUGUUGUAUUUCAGCUAUGGAUUGCUGGAUGCUAUGUUCCAGAGCAUGGUUUAUUGGAUCAUUGGUUCCUUGGCUGAUGAUUCUGCAAUUCUUAGCAGGUACAGUGGGUUCUAUAAAGGCGUGCAGAGCGCAGGAGCAGCGGUUGCGUGGCAAAUCGACACGCACAAGGUCCCGUUCCUCUCGGAGCUUAUUGUCAACUGGUCGCUGAUGACGGUGGGCUAUCCCUUGCUGCUGGUUCUUGUCAAGUUGGCCGUGAAGGACGAUAAGGAGGGCGAAGAGGGAGCUAAGAAGGAAGUUGCUCCAUCGUUUGCUCAUUAGGUGACGACCCAACCCAGCCCGAUCCGAAAUGUUAUCUAAUCUUUGUUAUGAAGCUUAUUUGUGAAUGCCAGACUUAGCAAGACAACAACCUGCUGAAAAAGAUAACUUCUUUCGAAUUGCUUUGUCUCCUCCUAGGAUUGUCUACAUUGGAGCUGUAAUCUUUGGCAGUUACACGACAGUUGUAAAAAAACCUCGCCAGUGUAUCAAACUCGUAGUCAAA